AUGGAGAACCAACACCUCGACUUUGACGGCGCCCUGUACGGCGUCGACGGCAGCUUCGACCCCAACUACGACCCCAACCGCCAGCCGUACGACUUCACCCAGACGUGGCCGCUGCCGCUCUCACCGGGCACUAUGCACCACCACACGCAGCACGACGCACACCACCAGCACCACCAGGACCAGCGCCGCCUGCACGGGGCUGCCUCGUCGGGCGCCCACAAUGCCCUCCAUGCGACGACCGGCGCCAUGUCGCCCCUCUCGACCGUCGGCCUCAGCUUCCCCGCGGCCAUGCAGCCCAUGAACCCGAUGCUGGCGACGUGGAUGAACUUCAACACGACCGACGGCUUCAACGACGCCUACUCGCAGGGCACCAUGGCCAUGGCCGCCGACUACAACGCCACGUUCGGCGGCCAGCUGCAGAACUCGCCCGUCGACUUUGGCAUCAACCCGCAGGCCGCCCUGAUGAACUCCAUGUCGAUGAACCCGCCCUUCAACAUCAUGACCCCGGCCGCCAUGGGCAUGCACCAGACCAUGCACGGCGCCCCCUUCCAGAUGGCCGACUUCCAGCAGGAGUUCACCGCCAUGCCCGCCGCCCCGGACUACACGGGUGCCGCCAAUAUGCCCCCCGCCAGCGUCUCGACGGGCUCGCCGGGCGAGAGCUGGAUGGAGAUCCGCUCCCUGUCCAGCAGCGACAACGGCUGGGUCGACAUCAACCACCGCAACUCGUACGACUUCUCCGACACGUCGGCCAUCAUCUUCAACCCCGCCCAGUCGCUGCACAUCCGCACAAAGUCCGACUCGUCCAACUCGAACCACUCCGACGUCCCGCGCUCGGCCCACUCGUUCAGCAGCUUCGAGGAGAUCCAGUUCCCUAUGAGCUCGCCGCAGUCCGAGACCAACCACCUCGAGCUGGUCCACUCGCACCACUCGCACCACUCGCACUCGCACUCGGACGGCUGCAACCACACCCACGGCCUGCCCAGGGACGACCAGGACUUUGCGCGCAAUUACAUCUCGCCCAACCAGUCCGUCAGCCCGCCAAUGGCACGUGUCGAGCCCCUCGUCAUCAAGCAGUCGACCUCGAACACGACCUCCCCCUCCUCGUCGGCCGUGAGCUCGCCGCCCGCCCGCCGCAGGAAGUCCCCCGUCACAGCCGCGACGCCCAUGGGAGCGAAGCCAGCCAAGACGAUCGUGAAGAAGACCCCAGCACACUCGACGAAGAAGGACGCCACUGGCGAGAAGCGAGUGGGCAGGAGACGCGGGCCCCUCAGGCCAGAUCAGCGACAGCAGGCUCACGAGAUCCGUAAACUCCGUGCUUGUCUGAGGUGCAAGUUCCUCAAGAAGACGUGCGACAAGGGUGAUCCGUGCGCCGGCUGCCAGCCAUCCCACGCCCGUCUUUGGCAGGUUCCGUGCACGCGCAUUGACAUCAAGGACAUUGCCUACUUCAUGAAGGACUGGAAGGCCGACUAUGAGCGCCAUGUCAGCCUCGGCUUCUCCAUCGGCAACAUCAAGGGCUUCUCGGAACAAGAACGUCCCAUCUACGUCACCCACGGCUACGGCCACUACCUCCCCAUCAUGGCUCGCGAGGUGUACGUUCGUGACGAGAAGUGCUUUGGCGUCGACUGGCACGAGAGCAUCAACGGCCUCCACUUCGAGAUCGAGACUGCCAAGCUCUCCGCUGGCAUGGAAGGCAUCUCCCGCGCUAUGCUUUCAGACUAUCUUGACCGCCACAUCGAUGGUGGCUUCGAGGCCUUUGUCGACGAGUACUUCGAGGGUACUUUCUUCGUCACCGAGCUCCUCAAGACGGCCUACCGCUUCUACCAGCGUGAGAAGCUUCCCGUCAUCCGCAAGGCAUUGAAGCUUGUUGUUGCUUACAAUCUCACCAUGCACGUCACCAUGGUCGAGGGCUUCGGUGAUGAGGAGCCUACUCUCGGAAAGGUUGAUGAUGAGCAGUCCAAGUUCUGCGGUAAGACCGUGGCGCCUGUCAUGAUCAACUUCCAGGUCAAGUGUGCUCUCGCCGAUGCAUGGCGUGAGUUGCAGAAGGAUGUUCUCGAGGAACUUUCUUCGCUCUACCAAUCCGUCUACAGCGGCGACAAGCUGAAGAACUGGCCUACCAUCUUCAUGCUUGCUGCCAUCCUCUUGGCGGUUUGGGAGUUGAUACAAUUCGACUGCAACUACCGAGUUCCUGACCACAGCGCCGUCAACAAGUUCUGCAGCGACAUGGAGGGUACACCAGUAGGUGUCAUCGUUGGCCUGUUCUCCGCCAUCUCGCAGAAGCUUCCCUCGUUCGCCGAGUGGGACUCCCGCAAACACCACCACCUCCUGAACUCCAACGCAGCUGUGUGCGACGCCAUGACUGAGGUCCGCGGUCAUGUUACUAAAUAUGACACGUACCUACGAUCGCGAAGCGAUUGCAAGUUCGAUCGCACUGACUUUGACUCAUUGUCGAACAAGUUCCUUUCGAAACUUGUCAUCCGAGCGAACUAG